AUGUGGGCUUCAAAAUUUCUCAAGGGUCGAAAUACAAGAGCAAUCACAAAGACUUCAAUCGCAGCAGCUGCCUCAGCGCCAACAUCGCAAGCUGAAUUCAGUGCCAACUCACAAGCGUUCUCGGUGGCUAUGACCGAGCUGCUAGAAUGCCUAGAUUUCGUGCUUGAUCAGCUGGAUGAUCAAGGAGAACAUGGAGAUUUGUUGCAGUUCCACCUGUCACGGCUUGCCAAGGAGAUAUCCAAGUACGAAAACUCGAAGGUUAAUGAACAAGCUUCACAGCCAUGGACGGGAUGCGCAUGCUCCGUCUAUAAACCAGACAUCCAUCCUGGAGGUGACCUCGUACCAGUGAUCUCACGAACACCUUCUAUCACUGGAACAGUCAAAGCAACUUCGAUAUGGAAGUCAGAAGAUACAAAUACCUUAAGGACUCUGCCUCAGUUUUCCUGUCUUGAGGCCUUGCCGGGCAUCAAGGAACAGAUAUAUGCCCACAGUGGAUUCUUGGCUUGUGCAGCUACUCUUCUUCCCUGGCUUACUGAGGAGAUCAUUCGUCAAAUCACAGUCGACGAGGGCUUAAAGGAUAUAGUAUUCACAGGCCACUCGGCUGGCGGAGCAGUUGCAGCCAUGGUCUUUCUGCACUUUGUUUGCCAUUGCCCAAGUGAAUUAUCAAAUGCCAAGUUCUCACUCAUUACGUUUGGAGCCCCGCCUGUGACUUCAACUAAUAUCACUGAGCUGGCUCGAAGCCUUCCUCAAACUCGACAUAUCUAUGCCGUUGUCAACGAACACGACUUAGUUCCGAGGGUUGAUCAAAGCUAUAUCACAUCAAUCAUCAGUUUGUACCGAGCAGCCUACGGGUUACCAUUGUCUGAUUUCAAUAACACGACAUUUACAAACAACCCACAAGCAGAUGGAAAUAAGGACGCUGUAUGGAAACUUCCUCCGCCUGACUUUUAUGUCGUUGGAAAUGUCAUUGUUCUGAGAGCAAAACUCGAUUACGAUGCUUUACAAAGCUAG